AUGAAUGCAAAACGUAUCCACAAUAGAGUAAUGGAAGAUUUUGAAGAGGUCAAUAUUCUUCUCUCAGAGCAGAAUAUCCCUUUUACUCACAGAAAACCGGCUGCUUUAACAAGAAUACCAAAUUUUGAACGUGCUCCAGUCAAUACUUCAUCAAAAAGAAAAGCAAUUAAAAAUAAUCGUUCAGAAUCAGCAAAACCAAAGAAGAAACGCAUAAAUAACGUUGAAAAAAAGAAAUCGAGAGCUUCUUCUGAGAAAAAUACAAAUCGAUCUGAAGAAAACAACGAUUUUAUUGUGUUAGAGUUCAAAUCAUUCAUGCUUACAAAGAAAUUACUCGACUUAAAGCUUAGAAACUACUUUCAAAUAUGGAAUCGAAAAUUAUUGCAAUACUUAAUCAAGAAAACACGCGAACACAACAAGAAUAUAAACGAACAACAAUUAGAAACUGUAGAAGAAGAAGAAUCUUACGAAAAAACAGAUUCGAAACAAUCUUCAAAUUCUCAAAAUAUCGAAAGGACAGAAUUAAUCGAAUCAAUACAUGAAGAAUAUUCUUCAUUAAGCCAAAAUCAGAACGACCAAAUAAAUGAACAAAGCAAUAUCGAAGAAGAAGAAGUAGCAGAACAAUACACAGGAAUUGAGAAUGCAUUGAAGAAUAUACCUAAAGGAAUUGUUGAGGAUAUAUUCACGUCAUCAGAAGAUACCUCUAACUCUAAUACUUUUGGAGAUUCUCUGAUAGAAAAUUCUGAUGUUGCUUUUUCAUUCAAUUCAUGGAAGGCUGCAACAGAAGCGCGCAAAUUACAGAGAAAUGAAAUCAAUGAAGCAACAUCUUAUGGCCUAGAACUUAAAUCUCUCCAGCAAAUUAUCAAAGAUGUUCCAAAGAAAGGUCUAUUUGAAGAUUAUUCUAGUGCAUCUGAUUAUUCUGAUGAAUUGAAUAAGGAACAGAAUGUUGAAGAACUAAGAAAUCAAAGGAAACAAAAGUCACCUCCACCAUUAGCUGUAAAGCAGCCAUUUGUGAACAAUAACGAUAUUAAUAAUCAAGAUGAUGACGAUUAUGAUGAAAAGGAUACAAACGAUGUUGAUGUUACAGAUGAUAUCUCAGAUACUGACGAAGAUUCCGAAAAAAUUGCCGAAGAAGAAGAGGAGGAAGAAAACAAUGUCGAUAAAAGUGUUAGCAGCAAAGAAAGUGAAGAUGAUCAUGAUUCUGAGGAAGAAAAGAAGAAACAAGAAGAAGAAAGAAUCCAGAAAGAACUUGAAGAAAAACAGAAACAAGAAGCUCUUAAAAAGAAGAAAGAAGCAGAAGAAAAGAAACAAAAAGAAUUAGCAGAAAAGAAGAAAGAAGCUGAAGAGAAAAAGCGUUUGGAAGAAGAGAAACAGAAGAAGGAAGCAGAAGAAAAGAAGAAGAAAGAAUUAGAAGAGAAACAGAAGAAAGAAGCUGAAGAAAAGAAGCGUCUGGAAGAUGAAAAGAAGAAGAAAGAAUUGGAAGAAAAGAAACGCUUAGAGGAUGAAAAGAAGAAGAAACAACUCGAAGAAAAACAAAAGAAAGAAGCAGAAGAAAAGAAGAAGAAAGAAUUGGAAGAGAAACAGAAGAGAGAAGCUGAAGAAAAGAAACAAAAAGAACUAGCAGAAAAGAAGAAGGAAGCGGAAGAAAAGAAACGUUUAGAGGAUGAAAAGAAGAAGAAGGAAGCGGAAGAAAAAAAGAGAAAAGAAGCUGAAGAAAAGAAGAAAAGAGAGUUGGAAGAAAAACAAAAGAAAGAGGCAGAAGAAAAGAAGAAGAAAGAACUAGAGGAGAAACAGAAGAAGGAAGCUGAAGAGCAAAAGAGAAAAGAAGAGGAAAGGAAGAAGAGAGAGUUAGAAGAGUCUCAGAAGCUGAAGGAAGAAGAGGAAAAGAGACAAAAGAUUGCUGCAGAUAGAAGAGCAGUUGAAGAGCAACUUAAAAGAGAAUGGGAAGAAAAGAGGAAGAAAGAUGCAGAAGAAAAGAAGCGUAAACAAGAAGAGCAAAGAGCCGAGGCUAAAAGACAAAUGGAAAUUGAAAGACAGAAAAUCGAAGAAGAAAACAAGAGAAAGGAAGAAGAGGCAAAGAAGCAGAAAGAACUCGAAGAACAAAAGAAGAAAGAAGAAGAAGCAAAGAAGCAGAAAGAACUUGAAGAACAAAGGAAGAAAGAAGAAGAAAUAAAGAAACAGAAAGAACUUGAAGAACAAAGGAAGAAAGAAGAGGAAAUGAGGAAACAGAAAGAACUUGAGGAACAAAAGAAGAAAGAAGAAGAAGCAAAGAAACAGAAAGAACUCGAAGAACAAAAGAAGAAAGAAGAGGAAGAGGAAGAAGCAAAGAAACAGAAAGCUUCUGAAGAAGAAUCAGAUUUAUUUCUUGAUGACAUUGAUGAUGUUCAGAUUUCACAAGAUGAUUCAUCAGAUGAUGAUGUGCAGAUAGACAUAGAUGAUGACCCAGAUGUCUCAAUUGAUAGUGAUGAUGAUAAAGAUGUUCCAAUUGAUGACGACGAUGAUUUUGUUGACAGUAAAUCUCCUCAAGAUUCUCCAAAACAAGAUGUAGUUUCUUCAGAUGAAUUCAUCAGCACAGAUAGCGAUGCAGACUUUGCUAAUGGACUUGAAAUUGAUGUUCCAGAUCCUGUUUCAGCUCCACAUGUUUCAGAAGAUGAAGCUGAAACUAAAUCAACAAGUACCCUUAAAAGUUCUGAUUUCGCCACUGAUGAUGAUUCAGAUGAUGAUUACGAAGUUCCUCCUGCUGCUGAUCCUAACGCCAUUAUAAUCCCUGUUCCUCUUGAAUCAAUGCCAGACAGAUAUCUCGAUGUUGCUGAGCCUAAAAUUAAGAUUCCUAAAGCAACAACGCAUCCAGAAAAAGAAACAGAUUUACUCAAUUACCUCAAAAUCCUCAUUCAUGAUGAAAUUUUCGAAAAGUUAGUGAACGCAGGACCUAUUAAACCUGUUGUAGAUCUACAAUCAGAAAAGCAGAGACCGUGGAAUAUCACACCACAAUAUUCAGACCUCAUCAUCGAUGUAAUCAAUGAAAUUGUUGAUGAUGCUGAUUUCUCAACAGAAGGAUUGACGAAAGAAGACUUCAUCCUGUUUGUUAAUAGUCAGUUUACAGGGCAAACAUAUCAAUUAGAUAGAACUAUCUCUGAUACAUUUAAGGCGGCCAAGAGCGGUAUUUCAAAAACACAAAUUAGCUAUAUGAUGGAAUUCUCUGAUGAGAUUUUAGAAGAGCAACUCAAAAAAUUGUUUUAA